AUGGCACAUACCAAGCACACUGCCCAUAAAUCUACUGGUGGUGAAGCACCCAGAAAACAACUGGCUAUAAAAGCUGCUCAUAAGAAUGGAUCCUCUACUGGAGGGGUGAAGAAACCCAGGCCUGGGUCUGUGGCACUCCGUGAAAUUAGAUGUUAUCAGAAGUUCACUAAACUUCUGAUUCACAAACUCCCUUCCCAGCAUCUGGUUCUUGAAAUUGCUCAGGACUUCAAAACAGAUCUGUGCUUCCAGAGUGCAGCUAUUAAUGCUUUGCAGGAAGCUAAUGAGGCCUAUCUGGUUGGCCUGUUUGAAGGUACCAGCCUGUGUGCCACCCAUGCCAAACAUGUAACAAUUAUUCCAAAAGACAUCCCAAUGAGCAAGUGUUGUUCCAAAGCUUCCCCGGGCAUAUUGGAACUCAUCUCCUAUGUCCUGGCUCCUGAAACUCCUCUGGCAGUGCAGCUCCCUGGAUUGAAAUGUCACUGGGGCAUGGCCCAGGCAGGCCCAAAAACCUCCUCUGGCAGCGCAGCUCCCCAGAUUGAAAGAAGGCCACUGAAUGUGGCCCAAGUAGGCCCAAAACCUGCAGAAUCCAGUCCAACGUGGCUGCAAGCUGGGUGA